AUGAGCAAAGGAGAACCUGCAAAAGUGGUGGCCAGGGUGAAGGAAGAGGAACUAAAUGACCUGUACGACUGGAUCAGCAGUUUCAACCUAUCCAGAAAAAUAAAAAACAUCCACAGAGAAUUUUCAGAUGGAGUUCUAAUGGCAGAACUGGUAAAUAUAUGUCUACCCAAGUUUGUUGAACUCCACAAUUAUAGUAAGGCAAAUUCAAUUAGCCAAAAAAGGUACAAUUGGAACACACUAAAUGAGAGGGUUUUUAGGAGACUGGGUUUUCGGAUUGAUAAAAGACAUGUGGAAGAAAUUGUGAACUGUAAAUAUAUGGGCGUGGAGAAGGUGCUGAAUACGUUUAAAAAUCAGCUGCAUAAAUUUCAGAGCUCUGAAAUGGAGGUGGAGACUUCGGGCAGUUUGGGAGAGGACCAGACUAGACCGUUUAACGAGGAAGAAUCUCCCCUUGCGGAGGGGACAGGAGACCAAUCAUGGCAGAGCGCCGAAUUCCUCAACGAAGAAAUUGUGAAGAUCUUGCGCGACAAAAUAUUCAACUUGGAGAAGCUUCUAAAGAUAAAGGACAGCAAAAUUGACAUUCUGAAUCGAAAAAUUAACACGUUAAGCAGGAUGAGGGAUAUUUGA